CAGAAUUUUUUAGCUUCCAUCCACUUGAUUCGGACAGUUCCGCCAUCGGGGACCGCCAACCUUACGGUUCGUAUCCCCAAAAAGCCCUUCACUUGCCAUUCAAUUUACGUUUUCUACCUCAAAUGCCUACAUAAUCAUCUCUUACCGGUGGACUCUGUUUUGCAUUCUCUAUCCCUCUCUAUACGAAUAAGUGACCGGGAAAUGGUGGAACCUGUGACUCUCGACGGCGAUCACGGAGGCUCCGAAGAGGAACUUCUGUUUCCGGAGACAAGCACUGGUGAUCGGUCGUGGCGUUUGAACUUUGAAGGCUUUCAGUUAUCAACCGAGCACAAAGAGAAGCCUCCUCGUGGCCUUCAUGACUGUCUUGGGGUGUUCGGUCAAGAAGACAACGUGGCCGAGUAUUAUCAGCAGCAAGUAGAAAUGCUGGAGGGUUUCAGUGAAAUGGAUGCCUUAUCGGAGCGUGGUUUUAUACCUGGAAUGUCCAAGGAAGAGGAAGAAAAGUUGGCUAGAAGUGAGACAACUGCCAUCAGAUUAUCUAAUAUAGCAAACAUGGUUCUUUUUGCUGCCAAAGUUUAUGCAUCCAUCAGGAGUGGUUCAUUAGCCAUCAUUGCCUCCACAUUGGACUCACUUCUUGAUCUUCUGUCAGGCUUUAUCCUGUGGUUCACGGCAUUCUCCAUGCAAACACCAAACCCGUACCAUUAUCCUAUUGGAAAGAAACGUAUGCAGCCUUUGGGAAUCCUUGUUUUUGCCUCCGUAAUGGCUACUCUGGGACUGCAGAUAAUUUUGGAAUCUCUGCGCACACUAGUAUCUGCUGAUGACGAUUUCAACUUGACCAAGGAGCAAGAGCAGUGGGUUGUUGGUAUUAUGCUCUCUGUGACAAUGGUAAAACUUUUGCUGGUUUUGUAUUGCCGUGCUUUCACCAAUGAAAUAGUCAAAGCUUAUGCCCAGGAUCAUUUUUUUGAUGUUAUCACCAACAUCAUUGGACUGAUUGCGGUACUACUUGCCAAGUAUAUCACUGAGUGGAUGGAUCCUGUUGGAGCUAUCAUUCUGGCCUUAUACACCAUCCGCACGUGGUCAUUAACCGUGUUGGAGAAUGUGAACUCCCUUGUUGGAAGAUCAGCAGCACCAGAGUAUUUACAGAAGCUCACAUACCUGUGUUGGAACCACCACAAGGCCAUAAGGCACAUAGACACUGUCCGAGCUUACACCUUUGGUUCUCACUACUUUGUUGAGGUUGAUAUUGUCCUGCCAGCUGAUAUGCCCUUGCAAGAGGCUCACAACAUUGGAGAGUCCUUGCAGGAGAAGCUUGAGCUCCUCCCAGAAAUCGAGCGUGCUUUCGUUCAUCUUGAUUACGAGUAUUCUCAUAAACCUGAGCAUGCACAGGCACAUCUUUAGUCA